AUGGAGAAGGAUACAAAAGAAACGGAACUAUCCCAAACAGUUGAAAUAUCUACGAGUACUGCCAUUCAGAUAGCGUCAUGUGUGGCCCUCAUGUUUGUUAUAAUAACUGGUAAUUCGUUUGUAGUCGCGGCAUAUUUCUCGAACUAUAGAAUUCGUACAGGGACCUACACGUUCCUUGUUAGCUUGGCGAUCUCGGAUCUGCUUGUAGGCUGCGUUUCACUGCCUUUGUGGAUGUACAUCAUUUUACAAAACAUUCAGAGGGGAACACUUAACACAAUUUUCCUGUCUUUCGAUAUCUUCAGCGCGCUGGCUUCAAUUUUUCAUCUGACCACCGUAAGCCUGGAACGCUGGCUCUCAAUUUCGCGGCCGUUUUUUUACGAGACGCUCUCUACGUUGCAUUACUCGCUGAUAAUUUGCGGGGUGUGGAUCUCAGCGUUCGCCAUAGCAGCCGUUAGACCUGCGCUGGAUAACACAGCAAGUAGCAAUCCUCAUAGGAUUUACACUCCUUUCUUAUUGCUUGUGGGCUACGUUGGACCCGGGAUAUUAAUCUGCAUAGUGAAUUACUCUAUCUUCAAAGUGGCUCGCAAGCUUAUUGCAAAUCUUCCAAACUGCACUCUUCAAGACUCAGAGGAAAGUACCCAAAUACGUACAAAUAUAAAUAAACAAAGACGAAUUGCGCUCACUCUUGCGUUCGUCACUGCAAUGUUCUUAGUCUCAUGGUUAUCGUUUUUCACAAUCAGCACCAUCGCGGUUUUUUGCACCUAUUGCGUGCCCUUCGAAAAAAUGACUAACUUUCUUAUAUUUGUAAAGUGGUUGCAGUAUUGUAAUAGCGGAAUGAACCCAAUGGUGUACGCUUUUCGUGAUGCUGAAAUGAGAAAAACGUUUGUCAGGCUUCUUGGGCCGUGCAGACGUGUUCUGGAGUCCAGCGGAAGGCGAAUUGCGCCCGCCAUCAUAGCACCGCUGACUGAAGGUAGUGUUGCAUCGCCCGGAGACCACGAAAAAACACGAAAACAUGAAUCGCAACUAUAAUUGCGGAAUUUCCUUUCACAUCUUCAGUUCACAUCUUCUUUGCUGCUAGAUCUAAAAUUAUAUGUUUAUAUUUACAAAACAAAUUUCGUACUCUUUCAGAAAGUGUACGUUCGGACGAUUUAAUUUAUAACUCCGUUCUUUGAACACGCAAACAGUUAUGAGUCACUCCAAUCGCUACGACUUCAUACGGCCCAAUUUAUAUCAAUUAUUUGGGAAAGCCGUAGGGUUACAUUCAUUCAAGGAAAAACAACGUAACCUUACACAGGACGGUUUUUCUAAACGUCCAAUGCGAGGAAAUAAAACAAAAAAAGCUUGUUUUUAGAUUAAUUGUUAAAACAGCAUUAUUUACGGUUACUGACACACUAAAUUGCAGCACUUAAAGAUUUUGCAAUAAACAAUAGGGCAAAACAAUGCACCCAAUUAUAGAUGACUUGCAGAGUUUAUUUGCCCAGUUUUCAAAAUGGUAUUUUGUUACAGCUUAAUAUAUACCUAAAUCUAAAGUUUAUGCUUUUUUUUCGGAAAUAAGUCUUCAAUUAAUAAUUGUGCCUCGUGUACUCUAAUUCCGUUAGCUAAAACCUUUCAUACUGGUACUGGGAUACGAAAACACAAACCAAUGCAAAGCGAAACGAAACAAAACAAAACAUACUCAACUGCAAGUUCAGCUCCCUUUUGUGUGUUACCUUCUGGAGAGAUGUUUGAUUUUUGGCCUUUUGGCUACAAAAUUGGAAGAAGGACUCUUUUACGGUUUUUUCAACUUUUGACAUUUAUUAUUAUUAUUUAUUUUAUUUUAUUUUAUUUGACAUGGACUAGUUCGGAAAAAUCCGUUUACACCACUGGAAAUAGGAGCGCCUUAAAAUUAGUAACACUGCCAAAUUUGAAAGUGACGCGUCUUAAAGGUGAUGUUACACGAAACGAUUCGCGACGACGCUUUUAAGUUAGAGCAACACAGCGUUGCAACAUUGUUGCGAUAUUGUUUCGAAUGAUUGCAACGUUGUUCCAACACUGCAGCGCUAUGUUGCGCUAAAAAUUGUCGUGGCCUAUCGUCCAGUGUAACAUCACCUUAAGUGAGCGAAGAUGUAGCUCCGCAAAGUUGCGAAAAUUUAAAGACGUUUAUAUGGGGGAGUCGGUACCCCCACCAUACAAGAGGGUCUAGAUGGGGGGUGGGGGAGUACAAAUGUCAGUUGUAAGUUAAAAUUUUGGCCAUUUGUCAGUUAAAUUUAGGAUUUUUGUCAGUUGUCAGUUAAAUGAUUAUUAAUAAUUAACUAUUAAACUUAUUUGUUUAUUUUAAAUCCCAAAUUUAGCUAAAAAAGCACAUAUGAUGUGAAUUAAGCAUUAAAUUCGAAAACUGAUGCAAUGGUACCUUAAUUAAUUUUUAUCAGUUUUGCUUUGAAACUGAUGAUACUUAAGCGUCCUGCUGCUAAAAUUACUGAUAUAAACGCGCAGUUGAUUACAUUGUCUGACGAAAAGAGUGGAACAGUGCUAUUAGAAGGCCUCAAAAACGGGUUUCGUACAAAAUAAAGGACAAUCGGGUCCUUUGUCAGUUGUCAGUAAAACCCGAGGCAAAUGUCAGUUGUCAGUUAAAAUUUUGGCCAUUUGUCAGUUGUCAGUUAACCCCAUCCAGCCAGACCCUCAUACAAAUGUCUGUAAAUUUUCGACAAUAUGAGGAGCUAUAUCUUCUUUAGUUUUUAACAAUUCACUUCCAAACUUGGCAAUUUAACUAAUUUUAAGGCGCUCUUUCCAGUGGUGUCGACGGAUUGUCCCUAACUUGUCCAUGUCAAAAGUUGAAAAAACCAUGGACGGAAUAAUAUAUAAGCUAUAUCUAAAACAGAAAAGAAACGAAAACAAGAGCAAAAAAACAAAGCAAAACAAAAAUUAACGCUGAUAAAUGACAAACAAGUUUUUUUCUUGGUAACGUCUAAAUGGGUUAUUACUGGGCGCACCUAUUUCGAAAUUUUUAAAACGGAAAGGACGUAGCCGAAUGCGACAAAUUUGACUGACAACUAAUAUCAUCGCAACGAAUCUUAGCUAUGAAUUUAAAAUACCUUGCAAUGACAAUACUGCAAUGUCCUGGCGAUAUGCCAUAACUUAAAAAAAAUUUGUGUCAAUUUUUAGUCUGAAAUUCAGUUGUAACUCUAGUAGGUAUAAUGAAAUUUUUUGUUAGCAACCUCUAUUUUUAACGAUCCAGCUAUUGUGUAUGCGGCAUUAUCACUCUCGGUUUCAUAAGUAUAUAAGUAUGCACAUCAAACAUCAAACAGUCAUGUAGAAUGCUCGAAUUCGACUCUAGUACUAACAAAGGCAGCUUUCAUUAACUAACCUUGUCAGACACUAAACCUUUACAAUGCAUUCCUUUCCUGUUUGUUUUCUUAGAGAUUCAGUUUGUUCGGUGUCUUCUUUCUCAGUGGCUCAAAACGUGAACUAUGGGAGCGGCAAAACAACGACUUCAGCGUCUUGUACAUUUCGAGAUCGGUUAUCAAUACAGCAACGUCUUACAGUCUAUUUUAGUCGUGUAACUAAAUAUUAAGCUAAUUAACACCGCUCUGCAAACAACCUAGAAUAUUUUUGUUGAUAUGCACUUAAAUCUUUAAAAAUCUAGCCCCAAGAACUCUCCACAGCAUUAGGCUUUGAUAGAUUCUGCUGGCAAAAGUAGCAUAUGCUACUAGCAGUUCUCGUAUAUUUGUAAAAUUAUAGGCAUUGUUAUACAUUGUAGUCACCAUCUGUCUUCUCAUUGGCUAAAAGCCUACAGUUGAAUAACCUGUAGGUUGCGCGCGCAAUGCAUGAUUUCCAAGAGCAAUGUCAAGUGCACGGACUGAGCAAUGUCAAGUUCGCGGACAGCGAAGUAAGAAUGGCUUCUCGAUUCGCUUCAUCGACCCAGCAAGAAAUUGAGAAAUUACUUGAAGAUAAAGUAUAAUAAAACAAUUAUUAGAUUCGCUUUUUGUGAUAUUCGGAAUAAUCAAGGUCUCGCUCAGCCUUCGGCUUCGGCUGAUAACACUUACCUCGUCGUUGAUUAUUCCGGAUAUCACAAAAACCUCAUCCAAUAAUUGUUUAUAAUUAUGCAGGCUACAACCCCGGACAAAACCUGUUGAGACACAUUACAAAAAUACCUAUUUUUUGUACUCGUCCUGACAAAAAUGCUUACCGUCGCAAAUUAAAAGACCUUUUCCCCCCUCCCCUAUUGCAGUGUUCUUUGCGGUAACACAAGAAAUGCACACGUGAGCUGUUAGGCCAAAACAACAUUGCACAAGGGGUGGGAAGGGGGGGCGACUUUGUUCCGUUUCAACUAGAUGGCUGCAUGGCGCGAAAUUGAAAAACACAUGGAAGUGCCUCAACAGUUUUGUCCGGGGUUGUAGUUUUUGUAAAUUAUGCUCAUUUUAGCAAAUAAUGCAGAACUUAUGCUUCUACAUUUUACUUUAAAUUUGGUAAGAACACCUCAAUAACUAUGCAACGAACUAGUAUAUGGCAAACACAUUUACCCUAUUUACAUCUAGAACUUUAUGAAUGCAUAAUUCAUUGUCUGACGAGUAUAAAAAAGCAAACAAUUAAAAAAAAACCUGCACGCGGGCGCUAGCUAUAAUCUUAGGUACGCGGGCGUUGAGUCUUGUGAAAAGUGGUCACUUUCUGUAGGAAACAGGUCCAUGAAUGUGACUGUAAGCAGACAAAAAAUUGUUUUUGUCACUUAAAUUUUCCUGUAACGCUAAUAUCGGGCCAAAAUAAUUGGUUGCAUAAUCAAUGAAUGGCAAUUUUGAGCUGCAAAACUAGCCAAAAAAUGCAAAUUAUGCUAGCAGUACUUUUAUCGGAAAAUAGAUGAAAAUGAUGUCUGUAGUGACGAAUUAUGCAAAAAAAUUAUGCCAGCACAAUGAUCAAACCCUACACGCCAUCUUAGAGUAUGUUUCGAGAAAUUAAAACCGACGAGGCAUAUAUGUCCGCCACGAACUGAGCGCCAGAAUUAAAACUGUUCCGGCCGACAAGCGGGAGUACGCAACAGAGGCGAAUCAUCCUCGGCGUAAUUUUCAUCGUCAUCAGAACAAUGGCUGCACUUUGGCCUCGGCUGGGUGUUGACAACUCGGCCCAACGAAGUAGUAGAGGAAGUCUCGCCUUGUUUCUUUUUCCUAGAACAAGGACACUUUUCGCUUUUACAAGCGCAUAAUACCGUUGAACAAAGACAACCGAGCACUGAAACAGGUAUGCCUAUUUUGAGAGCGAGACAACUGGAACUAAAGCGUGGAAAAACACCAGAGGAAAGGAGAGUGGUUACUCCCCCGUAAAUCAAACAAGUCAACGACGAGGCACAAAAGCGCCUUUUCCAUUUAUCACUUUCAUCCUUGAAGCAUAAGUUGGCACAGGGGCAACAGCACAUACAUCGUAAAAUCGUCUCCAAACGCCGACAAGCGUCAAUUUUCUUUUCGCGUUUUCGGUCUUCUAUAUAUUGUCGUCUUCGUUCAUCAUACCCUUUUUGGGGGGGGGGGGGGGGGGGGAGUCUGUACCCCCACCAUACAAGAGGGUCUAGGUGAGGGUUGAGGGGGUACAAAUGUCAGUUGUAAGUUAAAAUUUUGGCCAUCUGUCAGUUAAAUCUAGGAUUUUUGUCAGUUGUCAGUUAAAUGAUUAUUAAUAAUUAACUAUUAAACUUAUUUGUUUAUUUUAAAUCCCAAAUUUAGCUAAAAAAGCACAUAUAAUGUGAAUUAAGCAUUAAAUUCGAAAACUGAUGCAAUGGUACCUUAAUUUUUAUCAGUUUUGCUUUGAAAGAAGGCACUUAAGCGUCGUGCUGCUAAGAUUACCGAUAUAAGCGCACAUUUGAUCACAUUGUCUGACGAACUCAGAGAGUGGAACGAUGCUGUUAGAAGGCCUCAAAAACGGGUCUCGUACAAAAUAAAGGACAAUCGGGUCCUUUGUCAGUUGUCAGUAAAACCCAAGGCAAAUGUCAGUUGUCAGUUAAAAUUUUGGCCAUUUGUCAGUUGUCAGUUAACCCCAUCCAGCCAGAACCUCAUACAAACGUCUGUAAAUUUUCGCCAAUAUGGGAAGCUAUAUCUUCGUUAGUUUUUAACAAUUCACUUCCACACUUGGCAAUUUCACCGUAAUUUUAAAGCGUUCUUCCUAGUGGUAUCGACGGAUUUUCCCUUACUGGUCCAUGAGUGGAAAAAACCGGGGAAGGGUCUGCUAUAGUAUAAUAAUUUAGUAAAAUCCAACUAGUGGUCUAUUAUCAAUGCUGCGCUCUGAUUGGUUGAGCUACUACUAGACUAUAUGUUAUAGCCCACUAGCAGCGAAAAGUGUGGGCUUUUUGGCGGCAAAAAAGGAUUAAAGUGUAGCUUUAACUAGCUAAAUUUUUUUUAUCCUCGAUAUUUUUGACCAACUAGUUGGAUUUUACUAAAACAAUGAUUCCUCUCGCCCUCAUGGCCUCUAAAUCAAUAGCCCAUGAGGCCGAAGGCCGAAUGGGCUAUUGACUCAGAGCCCAUUCGGGCCAAAACAAUAGUGGUCAAGGGGUGGGAAGGGGGGCGACUUUGUUCCGUUUCGACUAUAAAGUUGCAUGCAUGGCGAGAAAUUGAAAAACACAUGGAAAAUAAUGUCUCAACAGUUUUUGUAAAUUAUGCCCAUUUUAGCAAAAAAUGCAGAACUUAUGCUUCUACAUUUUACUUUAAAUUUGGUAAAAACACCUCAAUAACUAUGCAACAAACUAGUAUAUGGCAAACACAUUUACCCUAUUUACAUCUAGAACUUUAAGAAUGCAUAAUAAUUCAUUGUCUGACGACUAUAAAAAAGCAAACAAUUGUCUCAGAGCCCAUUCGGGAUCGAGGAAUAAUUGUUAAAUAUAUCUAUAUCUAAAACAGAAAAAAACGAAAACAAAAACAAAAAAACAAAAAAACAAAACAAAACAAAACAAAACUUUAUAAAUGACAAAUGAGUUUUUUUCUUGGUAACGCCUAAUUAAAAAUGGGUUAUUUCUGGGCGCACCUAUUUCGAAAUUUUUCAAAGGGAUAGGACAUAGUCGAAUACGACAAAUUUGACUGACAACUAAUAUCACUGCAACGAAUCUUAGCUAUGAAUUUAAAAUAUCUUGCAAUGACAAUAUUGCAAUGACGAAAAAACAAACAAACAAAACAAAUAACAUGGAAGAUCAUAUAAAUGCUAACGAAGGAAUGCACACUGGCUAGGGCGCAAUGGGUUGGAAUUAUUUUCAACUUUAAUUGUCCUGGCUAUAUGCCACUACUUAAAGAAAAUUUGUGUGAAUUUUUGGUCUGAAAUUCAGUUGUAACUCUAGUAGGUAUAAUGAAAGUUUUUGUUAGCAACCUCUAUUUUAAACGACUAAGCUAUUGUAUAUGCAUUAAGUCACUCAGUGUCACGAGGUCUUUGAGCAUGUACAUCAAACUUCAAACAGUAAUGUAGAAUUCUCGCACUCGACUCUAGUACUAACGAACUAACGAAGGCAGCUUUCAUUGACUAACCUUGCCAGACACUUAACCUUUACAAUGCAUUCUUUUCCUGUUUGUUUUCUUAGAGAUUCAUUUUGUUCGUUGUCCUCUUUCUCUAUGGCUCAAAACGUGAAAUGGGAGCCGCAAAACAACGACUUCAGCGUCAUGUACACUUCGAAAUCGGUUAUCCGAAUACAACAACGUCUCACAGUCCAUUUUAGUCGUCUAACUAAAUAUUUAAUUAAGCUAAUUAACACCGCUCUGCAAACGGUCUAGAAUAGUCUUGUCGAUAUGUUCAGAAAUUUUUAAAAAUCUAUACCCAAUAACUUUGCAUGGCGAUGACGCCAUCGUAGAGACUGUUUCGAGAAAUUAGAACCGAGGAUGCAUAUCUGUCCGCCACGCCGACCAAGCGCCGGAAUUAAAACUAUUCCAGCCAACAGGCGGAAGUACGCUACAGAAGCGAAUCAUCCUCGGCGUAAUUUUCAUCGUCAUCAGAACACUGGCCGCGCUUUGGCCUCGGCUGGGUGUUGACAACUCGGCCCAACGAAGUAGUAGAGGAAGUCUCGUAUUGUUUCUCUUUCCUAGAACAAGGGCACUUCUCGCUUUUACAAGCGCAUAAUACCGUUGCACAAAGACAACCGAGCGCUGAAACAGGUAUGCCUAUUUUGAGACCGAGACAACUGGAACUAAAGCGUGGAAAAACACCAGACGAAAGGAGAGUGGUUAUUCCCCCGUAAAUCAAACAAGUCAACGAAGAGGCACAAAAGCGCCUUUUCCAUUUAUCACCUUCAUCCGUGAAGCAUAAGUUGGCACAGGGGCAACAGCACAUACAUCGUAAAAUCGUCUCCAAACGCCGACAAGCGUCAAUUUUCUUUUCGCGUUUUCGGUCUUCUAUAUAUUGUCGUCUUCGUUCAUCAUACCCUUUUUCGUCAAUGGCACCCUUACCCAACAUUCGAACCAAUUCUCUUUCGCGCUCGCUCUCCUCCAUACUUAGCAACACUUGCAAAUAAAAAUUUCCAGGUUAUUACUCACCGCGAAGCUCACGGCUGUAAGAUUCACUAAUGAACAGCAUUUCCGCAAAAGGGCUCAAAGAUGUUCAGUUUCUAGGCUUGUGAUUGGCAGCAAAUGAAGACGUUUUUAUUAAAAUCAAAGCAAAGUUAAAGGUCAUUCAAACAACUGGACAUUGUCGCUUACAAAAUCUAUCACGAUAUGGCUAAAUUUAGCUGCAUUUUCUGAGAAAAUACAGUCACUUUCCGGGGGAGGUACUCCCUAUAAGGGUGUAUACGAGGAGGCUCCAAGCUUCAGGCAUAUGAAGGGGCAGUGAUUUCACUAGUUGAAGUAUAUAGGAAAACGUAGGGGAAGGGACUGAUCAUAUCUGUGAUUUCGUUCAGUGAAAAGGCCCAAAAGGUCUAACAGAUGCAUUUUAUGGCUGUGAAAAAGUCGAGAAAACGUUCUGGUUUUUUACUUUAUUUAUGUUUUGAGGACAGUGCAUUUACAACAAUAUUAUGUGAGAUGCAAAGUUCUAAACUAGUUAUAUGUUUUCUGUAAAAAACGGUUUGUAAAAGGGUAAGGGUUGGACCUUCGAGCAGAGCCUCCCCGUAUUAAACUUUAUCGAGCAGUCCCCCCAGGGGCAGCGACUGGCCCCCUAAGAAAGAUCCUGAAUCUAUGUCUCAUGACGUCACAUACGAGCCUGUCAAUUUCGUGAUAUCAGCGGAACGGGUAUGCCAAAGAAAUUUAAAAUCACGUUGUGUUCAAAAUAAAAAAAAUCUUCUCAGAGGUUCUCUUAUUAAGGUAAAUCUUCAGUUAAAAAGUUAAAAUUUUUAGGUUAUGAUCGUGAGCACUUUAAGAAAAGGAUGGAAAUAAACGAAAAUUGGCAAGGUUUUUUGCCAGACUGCUCCCUUAAGGAGACCUGCGGAAUGAUGAGGCUAAAGUGACAAUUAGAUCGAAAAUAAUAGUAAAAUUCAAUCAGCUCGACAGCUUAUUCUGCAGCUGCGUAGGACACUACAUAACUUUCACACCGAAGCUAGGAUCUGCCUCGUAGAACACUUACAACUAUAGAACCUCCCAAACGGGUGGAAGACAAGCCUCCAUGCUAUUCUCUUUUAUUUAAUAAUAAUAAUAAUAAUAAUAAUAAUAAUAAUAAUAGUAAUAAUAAUACUGUUAUUAUUGUUAUUAUUAUUGUCAUUAUCAUCCUCAUCAUUAUUAUUAUUGUUAUUGUUAUUAUUAUUUUAAAAAACUACACAUGGAAAAUUUGUAAAAUUGUAAAACUUUCGUAGGGGAUGCUAACAUGGCUAAAGGAAGGGUCUGGCACUCGGAAGAUGGUAGAGGGCGGGGCUUCCUAGCGGCAUACCGUUUUGUGUGCUUAGUAUAACCUUUCCAACGCUUGGAUCAGUUUCUAGGUGAAAGACGAGUCCCAGCGCCAUGUAAGAUUUCUUCCCUAGGAAGAUCUUAGAGCAGGGGCUGAACAAAAACAAUACAUAAACAAACUUGGCAGUGGCAGGCGUUCACGGCUACAAAGGGCCGACAGAUUGGUAGUGUCGUAGACUGCAAAACAGUCCGUAUUUUUGCGUAUUCAAGUACGCGCGAGCAGUCAAACAAAAGGUCUGGAAUGAGGCUGAAAACAGAGAGCGAGACUGGGGAGAGACGCUAAAAAUACGGACUAUCCGUUUUGCAUACGUUAUAUUCGUUCGAAUUACCCGCUUCUCUACCCAGUCUCGCUCUCUGUUUUCAGCCUCAUUCCAGACCUUUUGUUUGACUGCUCGCGCGUACUUGAAUACGCAAAAAUACGGACUGUUUUGCAGUCUACAUACAUGCGCCGAAUCUGUUUACUGAUUCGGUCACGGAUGAAAUCAUUGGAAAUUUAAUUCCUCCCGUUGACGUGGGGGUCGUUUGCACCAAUAGAAAGGCAAUCGUUCAGAACAAAAUCAUCACGACAUAGGCAUGGAACCAUGUAGGCAACUUUCUCAAGGGAACUUCAGCAAAAAAAUAAGUUAAUCUAGAUAAUACGAUAUUUUAGAGCUUUAAAAGAUAUUUGACUCUCCAACCUAAGAUUAAAACACGCAAUAUUGCCCCUUAAACUUUUAACAAAGAAGGAAAAAUGCCCGGGGAAAAAUGUUAGUGGGCUGAAGGUCACGCGAUAUAGCUCGACGACAUUCCAGUUGGCACGCACUCCAUCUCGCACAUGCACAUGAGUGAUGGACUUUUGUUAAGGAAAAAAAGGCUGAGUGAAUUAGCUACCUUUCUAAACUUGUUUGUCUUAACAUCUUUAACUGAUAAAUGUUCCAUUCACAAUUUUCUCAUUAAAUUUUGACUUAGUUGUUGACAUUAUAAAAUGUAUCGCAAUUAAAUUUUUUUGGUCACUGUAACAUGCUUAUCUUAUCUAGACAUGGCCUGGAGCUGGCUUUUAAGUCAAGAGACCGUAAAGUGGUAUGUUUUCAAGUGCCAUUGUCUAAAUUCUUUUUAGUUUAUGGAAGCAUGCGGAGAUUUAUUGUUGAGGUAGUUAGGGAGCGACAAAAGCUUGUGAAGCGAUUCCACUAUUGGCUAAAUGCAAUAAAUUUCUGUCCAGACUUACAAUGGGAAGUGGCGUAAAUAAUGCAAGGCGGCUUUCAAAUAGCGUGGCUUUUGCCCACCUCGCAGAAACUUUAAUAAUUCCGCCCGACUAAGAUGAUUUCUGCGGGAAGAACUGCGCCACGUUAGUUUAUAUGAACCAGUACGCGGCGAUGUUGAGCUUCAAGUUAAUUUAUCAAUAAGCGGAACUUACAGAUGCAGGAAGUAAUCAACAGAAGUGUAAAUGAGAGAGAGUGAAAACGUUAAUGGAUUUUCUUUAACCGCUCCGCUGCAUUCGUGUACGUCAUUUGAAUUUUGGGACACGAAAGUUUUUCAAACUUUUUCACUAUGCCUACAACGCUGAGAAGUGAUCUUGUGGCAAACAUUUCAUCGACUCCGACAACUUUACACGAGAAUUUCUUGAAACAUGUUACAACCGUUGAAAUCGUGAUAAGUUUAGUUUACUUCACCAUCAUAUCUAUCGCAAUUGUCACUGGAAACACUUUAGUUAUUGCAGCCUUCGCGAAAAACGUUCGCCUUCAAACCAAGACGAACACUUUCAUCCUUGGUUUAGCUGUGGCGGACUUCCUAGUCGGGGUAAUCUCGAUUCCAGGCUGGCUAUACGUCUACAGUUGUCAUUACUUCGACAUUACACUUCAUCCAGUUGCAUAUGAUCUAUACAUAACUUAUGAUGUGUUCAUAGGCUGCGCAUCGAUCUUUCAGCUCACUUCCAUCAGCAUAGAAAGAUGCAUCGCCAUAGUUUGGCCGAUACGACAUCGUGGGAUUCGCGUGGGAGUUUUCCAUAAGAUGAUAAUAGUCGCGUGGAUCGCCUCUGCUUUCGUGGCUGGACUAUAUCCAGUUCAACUAAAGCACUGGGAAGAAGGCUACACGGCCUUCAUCUUUUCAAUCUGCUUUGCUGGGCCUUUCAUCGUUCUGUUUGGAGUCUACGUCCUCAUUUACGAUAGAGCCAGGAAUUCAAGAACGCGCGUCUGCUCUGAAAUUGCGAGCGCGAAUUUUCGCCGCGAGAUUCGUGUCACCGGAACCGUCGCCCUGGUAACAGGUGUCUUUCUAAUUGCAUGGUUUCCGUUUUUCGUUGUUACUGCUUUAGCAACGUACGAAAUGGAACGUCUACCCGAACCAGCCGGAUUACUAAGACUGGUUGCUUUUGUAAAAGCCUUGCACUACAGUAAUUCAGGCUUGAAUCCAAUCAUUUAUGGAUAUCGGAACCCAGAAAUGGGCAGAACCAUGAAAACUAUUGCGGCA